AUGCCCACCGCUUCCCAGCGACCCAUCGUCGUCCUCGGCGCAGGCUGUAUCGGUCUCACGACCGCUGUUCGCCUCCUUGAGUCCCCACAGGUCACUCGAGGUCGUUCAGUGCACGUGAUUGCUGCACACCACCCGACAGACCCGCUGGACGCACGAUACGCGUCGACGAUUGCCGGCGCCCACCAUCUCAGCUUUGCUGAUGAUGGAGAUGAGAGGCUAAGACGUUGGGAUAAGCGCACUUUUCAAGUUCUCUAUGACGAAUGGCUUGCUGUUGGCGAGUCGUCAGGUCUGAUGGCCCUCACCCAGACCGAGCUGUGGGUCGGCUCCAAGACCCACCUCAAGAUCUAUGAGGAGCACCCAGAUUUCAAAGUCCUCGACCCAGCCACGGCGCCGUGUAAAGCUGACCACAUGGUCCGCUUCACGAGCCUCACCAUCACCCCUGCACUCUACCUCGCCUCGCUGGAACGCCGCCUUCGCUCCCUCGGCGGCCACCUGCACCGCGCCCAUGUCCCGUCCCUCGCUUCCCUCUCCAGCCCGCAGUUCACGGCACUGACGCGCGGCACUCCGUCGGCAGUGUUCGUGUGCACCGGUCUCGGCGCACUGACGCUGGGUGGGGUGGCCGAUGGCAAGGUCUACCCGACCCGCGGACAGGUGGUCCGUGUGCGCGCCCCCUGGGUGCGGCACGGGUGGACGCGCCAGCUGGGCUCGCUCGACGGCGGCGAGGGCGGGCAGCGGACGUAUGUGAUUCCCAGGUGUACUGGCGACGUUAUCCUCGGUGGCACGCGCGAGGAAGGCGACUGGGAAGCGUACCCGCGUGAAGAGACGAAGAGGGACAUCUUGACGCGAGUGCUUGAGAUAUGUCCGACAUUGACACCGCCCAACACCCGUGCCGAAGGUGACAUUGCGACGCCGAAGGUCGCCGAGCUGGAGCCGCUUGUCGUGGACCAUCUUGUUGGGUUUAGGCCGAGCCGAACGGGCGGUACCAGGCUGGAAAAGGAGCAGGUUGCGAUUGGCGACUCGGUCGUGCCCGUUAUUCACAACUAUGGGCACGGCGGCGCCGGCUGGCAGAGCUCGUGGGCCACAGCUGAAGACGCCGUCGAGCUUCUGGGAGACGGCGCCAGUGCAAAGUUGUAG